UCACAGUCCGAUCAUUUAUCUUCCCUUGAUCGAAAAUCAUCCAAAUAUCGCCUUCAACAGUUUCUCUGAUCAGUUCAUCAAAAGAUCAAAUCCAGAUCCUUGCGAAAAUGAACGACGCAGAUGUGUCCAAGCAGAUCCAGCAGAUGGUGAGAUUCAUCCGCCAAGAGGCAGAGGAAAAGGCUAACGAGAUCUCAGUUUCUGCUGAAGAGGAGUUCAACAUCGAGAAGCUUCAAUUGGUGGAGGCGGAGAAGAAGAAGAUCAGGCAGGAGUACGAGAAGAAGGAGAAGCAAGUAGAAAUUCGGAAGAAAAUUGAGUAUUCAAUGCAGCUUAAUGCAUCUAGGAUCAAGGUACUUCAGGCUCAAGAUGAUGUGGUUAAUGAGAUGAAAGAAUCAGCAUCCAAGGACCUUCUGAAUGCAAGCCAUGAUCACCAUGUGUACAAUAGGCUUUUGCAAGAUCUAAUUGUUCAGAGUUUGGUGCGACUGAAAGAGCCUGCUGUCCUACUCCGUUGUCGCAAAGAGGAUUUGCACUUGGUGGAGUCUGUUCUGGAUUCAGCGAAGGAGGAAUACGCUUCUAAAGUGAAUGUUGAUCCACCUGAGAUAUUCAUUGAUGAUGUCCAUCUUCCUCCUGGUUCUUCUCAUCAUCAUGGUUUUUUUCAUCUUCAUCACCAUGCUGAAGCUCAUGGACCUUUCUGCUCUGGAGGUGUAGUCAUAGCAUCUCGAGAUGGGAAAAUUGUGUGUGAGAACACCUUGGAUGCACGGUUAGAUGUUGCAUUCAAUAAGAAACUCCCAGAGAUCCGUAAGUGGCUUUUCGGUCAGGUUGCUGCUUGAAGGUUAAGAGUGUAUUGUUUUCUCAGCCAGCUUUUGUGAUCAUCCAUAGAGCAGAGUGUUGAAAUUCGUUCCGUUUAUUGUUUCCUCAUAUUGUUCUUCCCGGAUAAUUUGUUUGCUAAAAGUCGCUGAAACUGUUCUUUAAUUGCUGCGUACAUCAUUUUGAGGGACGGAGUACUCUUUUUUUUUUUUUUACAUAUUUAUAUAAAUAAUGAAUAAAAUAUGAUGUGUUUGCUUA